AUGUGCGGAAUUGCAGCGGUGAUAGGUCGUGGAGGAGCUCAGAGCAUACAUUCCAUGCUACAAGCUAUUCACGCCCGUGGACCCGACGAUAGCGCCACGACGUUCGUGGGAGAUCAGGCUGCGCUCGGUAUCCAGCGACUUAGCAUUGUUGGGGUUGAAAGUGGCGCCCAGCCAUUCGUUCGGAGAUCGCGGCUUCAUUUUGUCUGCAAUGGCGAGCUGUACAACUACCAGACCCUUCACUCAGCCUACUCAAAAAUGCACUCAGCACCUAGGUCUGAUGUCGAAGCUAUCCUGGAUGUUUAUGAACAACAAGGGAUGGCCUCGUUACCGCUGUUGGACGGAAUCUUCAGCUUCGUCUUGUACGAUGCAGUCAAGGGCACCUUCUUGGCCGCGAGAGAUCGUUUCGGUGUAAAGCCACUCUACUACAUACAAGACGACGAUCGCUGGUACUUUGCGUCAGAGGUCAAAGCCUUAAUGCAAACGCCAGGAAACGUUAAAGACGUUCGUCAGGUUCCGGCUGGGGGCUUUGUAAAUCCUGCUGGAGUAGGGUUGUACCAUUGCGACAUUCCAAGGCCCAUGUCCGCACACCAGCCAGCUGUGCUUUUCGCCCUGUUGGAAGGCGCCGUACAAAAUCAAAUGCAAGCGGAUUCGGGCAUACCAAUCGGUGUUUUUCUCUCUGGUGGGCUGGACUCGAGUGUAAUUGCCGCACUCGCUGCUAGAAGCAGGCCUGACAUUGUCGCCUUCACCAUUGGCAUGGAAGGGUCUCCAGAUGUCAUCGCCGCGAGGGAGGUGGCAAGCUACAUCGGCAUUCACCUCGUCGAGUGCUGUUUCAACCCCAUGGACGUAGAAGAGGGGAUUUAUGAGGCGGUUCGGAUAACGGAGUCUUAUAACACGAUGAUAGUGGCAGAGGGGCUGAUGACGAUGCUGUUAGCCAAGGCGGCACGCAGACACGGAAUCAAAGUAGUGCUGUGUGGAGAAGGCGCAGAUGAACUGUUCGCAGGAUACGGCCUGUUCCGUGGUCUCGGUUGUGAAGAGUUCCAAGAGACUCGUCGAGCUAUGUUGGCGAACAUUGGCAAUACCGAAUGCAGGCGCCUCGACCGUGCGACCAUGAGCUAUUCUGUCGAAGCUAGGGUGCCGUUCCUCGAUUCCCGCGUUGUCGACUGGGCCAUGGGACUCCCCAAGUCUUCUCUGCACCAGGAAGAUCAAGGGGAAACCACCGAUAAGUUCAUCCUUCGAGAGGCGUUCUCUGACUUGUUACCCCCGAGAAUUGCCAACCGCCGCAAGGUCUCUUUUGAUGAUGGUAGUGGGAUACUAGCUCAUCUUGAACAGUUCCGAGCCCCUUUGAACAACGCUUUGUGGACGAGGGAGAAAGGCUGGGCCGUGGCCAACGUCAAAGACGAGGUUGCCUGCUACCUGUUCAGAGUAUGGAGAUCAAUUUAUGGUGAUGCCGGAGGAGCAGACGUCUUCCAACUGUUCGGAGAAUAUCCGAUCAUGCAAUCUGUGUUGACCGAGCAACGCUUAACCUCCGGUGGCACGGGAGAAGAUGCAGUCAACCUUGCACUGCUCGAUCGAUUCCACGUCACACGAGAUACAGUGCCGUUGACUAUAACGGCUUGA